CACUGCAGCACCUUCGGCAGCGCUUACUCUGUCUUCUCGUCUCUAUGAUCCUCUUUGUGACCCAUCGGGUAGGGCCCGAGCCCCAGAGUUCCGUGCCAACAGUCCUCCACGCCGACAGAGGACGGUGCAAAAAGCUGACGUUCUCGCGAGAGACGCGGAGAUCUCUCCACGUAGCGAGAGCGCGAGCGCAUGCGCGCUCGGUGGUGCGCGGUAGAACGAGGGAAGACGGGACCCGGCUGGAGCUCCGGGAAGCGCGCGUGCGCCGUCGCGAGCUUGGAGCUGCCGGGGCAGCCGUGUGGGAGCGGGUGUGAGACCGCCGUGCGAGCCGCGGGAAUGUUCCGAAAGGCCCGGCGAGUGAACGUGCGCAAGCGGAAUGACUCGGAGGAGGAGGAGCGAGAGCGCGAUGAGGAGCAGGAGCCGCCACCGCUGCUGCAGCCGCCGGGCACCGGCGAAGAACCGGGCUCUGGCGGCGGCGGCGGCGACAGGGCCCCUGGGGGGGAGUCGCUGCAGGGCCCGGGGCUGCCGCCGCCUUCCGCGCUGACCCCGGGCUCCGGGGCUGAGGCUGGAGGCUGCUUCCCGGGCGGCGCGGAGCCCGGCAACGGGCUGAAGCCGCGCAAGAGGCCGCGAGAGAACAAAGAGGUGCCUCGGGCCAGCCUACUCAGCUUCCAGGACGAGGAGGAAGAAAAUGAAGAAGUUUUCAAAGUGAAGAAAUCAAGUUACAGCAAAAAGAUAGUAAAAUUACUUAAGAAAGAAUACAAAGAAGAUCUUGAAAAAUCAAAGAUUAAAACAGAACUCAACUCCUCAGCCGACAGCGAACCACCCUUGGACAAAACAGGACACAUUAAGGACACCAGUCAAGAAGACGGAGUUAUCAUCAGUGAACACGGUGAAGAUGAAAUGGACAUGGAAAGUGAGAAGGAGGAAGAAAAGCCAAAAGCUGGUGGAGCUUUUUCAAAUGCUUUAUCUUCUUUGAAUGUUCUCCGCCCAGGAGAAAUUCCAGAUGCAGCUUUUAUACAUGCUGCAAGGAAAAAGCGUCAAAUGGCCCGAGAAUUAGGAGAUUUCACUCCUCAUGACAGCGAGCCUGGGAAAGGCCGCCUUGUUAGAGAAGAUGAGAACGAUGCCAGUGAUGAUGAAGACGAUGAUGAGAAACGUCGCAUAGUUUUUUCUGUGAAAGAAAAGUCACAGAGACAAAAAAUUGCCGAGGAAAUAGGCAUUGAGGGGAGUGAUGAUGAUGCUCUAGUAACUGGAGAACAAGAUGAAGAACUCAGCCGAUGGGAGCAGGAGCAGAUAAGAAAAGGAAUCAAUAUCCCUCAGGUUCAAGCAAGCCAGCCCACUGAAGUGAAUAUGUACUACCAGAACACUUACCAGACGAUACCUUAUGGUUCAUCCUAUGGCAUUCCUUAUAGUUACACUGCCUAUGGAUCAUCUGAUGCCAAAUCUCAAAAAACAGAUAAUACAGUCCCUUUCAAAACUCCCAGUAAUGAGAUGACUCCCGUUACUAUUGAUUUGGUAAAGAAACAGCUUAAAGACAGGUUGGACUCCGUGAAAGAACUGCACAAAACGAAUCGACAGCAGCAUGAGAAACACCUGCAAAGCCGAGUGGACGCCACCAGGGCUAUUGAGAGAUUAGAAGGGUCUUCUGGGGGUGUUGGUGAACGGUAUAAGUUUUUGCAAGAAAUGCGAGGGUAUGUCCAAGACUUGCUUGAGUGUUUCAGUGAAAAGGUGCCACUGAUUAAUGAACUUGAAUCAGCAAUACAUCAGCUGUACAAACAGCGAGCUUCCCGCCUUGUCCAAAGACGACAAGAUGAUAUUAAAGAUGAAUCUUCGGAGUUUUCAAGCCAUUCAAAUAAAGCUCUGAUGGCACCAAAUCUUGAUUCCUUCGGGCGAGAUCGGGCACUGUAUCAAGAGCAUGCAAAACGUAGGAUUGCAGAACGGGAGGCCAGGAGGACUCGUCGUAGACAAGCCAGAGAGCAGACCGGUAAGAUGGCAGAUCACCUCGAAGGCCUUUCCAGUGAUGAUGAAGAAACUUCCACAGAUAUUACAAACUUCAAUCUGGAAAAAGAUCGCAUUUCGAAAGAGUCCAGCAAGGUUUUUGAAGACGUACUUGAAAGUUUCUAUUCAAUCGACUGCAUUAAAUCCCAAUUUGAAGCAUGGCGUUCAAAAUACUAUCUGUCCUAUAAGGAUGCUUAUAUUGGCCUUUGUUUGCCAAAGCUGUUCAACCCCCUCAUACGGUUGCAGCUUCUCACUUGGACUCCUCUUGAGGCAAAAUGUCGUGACUUUGAAAACAUGCUGUGGUUUGAAUCUUUGCUGUUUUAUGGUUGUGAAGAACGAGAGCAAGAGAAAGAUGAUGUAGAUGUUGCACUGUUGCCUACAAUUGUGGAAAAGGUGAUUCUUCCUAAACUAACAGUAAUAGCUGAAAAUAUGUGGGACCCUUUUUCUACAACACAGACUUCAAGAAUGGUUGGGAUUACAUUAAAAUUAAUAAACGGAUAUCCUUCAGUAGUGAAUGCAGAAAACAAAAAUACACAGGUGUACCUAAAAGCACUUUUACUAAGAAUGAGGAGAACUUUAGAUGAUGAUGUAUUCAUGCCCUUAUAUCCCAAAAAUGUCUUGGAAAAUAAAAAUUCUGGGCCUUAUUUGUUUUUUCAACGACAGUUUUGGUCUUCAGUUAAGCUAUUAGGGAAUUUUCUUCAGUGGUACGGCAUUUUCUCGAACAAAACUCUUCAGGAGUUAUCAAUAGAUGGUUUAUUAAAUAGAUACAUUCUCAUGGCUUUUCAGAAUUCAGAAUAUGGAGAUGACAGCAUCAAAAAAGCCCAAAAUGUAAUCAGUUGUUUCCCCAAGCAGUGGUUCAUGAAUCUGAAAGGAGAAAGAACUAUCUCUCAGUUGGAAAACUUCUGUCGAUACCUUGUGCACUUAGCAGACACAAUCUACAGAAACAGUAUCGGAUGUUCUGAUGUGGAAAAAAGAAACGCAAGGGAAAACAUAAAACAGAUAGUAAAACUCCUUGCAAGUGUUCACGCUCUGGAUCAUGCUAUGUCUGUUGCAAGUGACCACAAUGUGAAAGAAUUUAAGUCUUUGAUUGAAGGAAAAUAGAUCUGUGAGACUAAAAAAGCCUGUUUGCUUUAAUACCAUUCCCAGUGUAUAAAUGUUGUAUAUAUGUAAAGUUUCUUAAACUGUAAAAUAUUGAUUCUUGUUUUAAUACAAAGAACAUUAUUAAUAUUCAAGACUGUGUCCUUAAAUGCAAUUUCUUUGGAAUGGAAGGAAUUCACAUUAUUUCUAGGAAGCCUGUUAAUGUUUUCCUUACUGCCUGUCAUACUUUGUUUACAGAAAUAUUUUAUAUGGUUAUUCAAAUUAACCUCUCAGUUAAUUGUUCUCUGUAAACGAUGUGUGCAGUGUAAAUUGUGUAAUUAUGCAUAUAUAUAUUUAUACCAUCGUGGAGUUACUUUCACACUGGAAAUUUGUGGUGUUUUUCUACAGAGUAAGCCUUUUAACAGCAGCUACUCAGUAGCAAGUUGUAUUAGGGAAUUACUACCCUGUUGCAACAAAAGGGCUGGCAAGUGACUAAGUGUUCGUCACCUUUUGGUUAGCAGUUGCUAUCACUGUAGCUUUGCUGCCUUAAAAUUGAGAGUGGAGUGUGGACUUAGUCAUUGGGUGAAUGGAAACUUUCUUCCUUGAAUCAGCAUUACAGUCUAAUGAGGGUUUAAUAUGAACUCUGAAUAAUAUAUGCAACAUAGGUUUUUGAAAAGAACACACAGAAGUUUAACUUUGGGAAAUAACAGCCCCACAAACCUAACUGCAUGGUUUCGGGCUGAGUGUCCUGUCUCAUUCAUGAGUCUACCCCCCUGACCAGCUUACAAAAAUACAUGCAUUUGAAUUUUCGUAGUCUGUCAUUUUAUUUAAAAUCCCACAUAUGUGAGUUAUAUAUGCAAUAAAGAAUACGCCUUGCUGACGAGCUACACCCAGGCAAUUUAAGAUCCUUGGUCUUCUAUAAUGUUUAUACCACAUUGUAAAUAUUCAGAGAACUUGUUUUAAAGUUUAUGCUUUCUGAUUCUGUGAUUUUCAAGAGGAACUUUUUGGAAAUUAAGGACUAUUGUUUGAUAACUAUAUAUGUAAUUAAGCUUUAGCCAAGCAUUAAAUUAAUUUUUAAAUAGA